AUGGCUGCUCGAUAUGCCUUCAUGGCUAUCGCGAGCGGCGCUGUUGCGAGCGCACAGCCUUACUCUGACGAGUUUUACACCACAACCACUCGUUCUACAUCUGCCUUCUGGACUUACACGGCCCGCUACGAGGAAGCAGCCACGGAGAGCCCAUACACGUACUAUGACGGCAGUGUCAUCACUGACACCUACACGGUAUACCGCACCAUCAAAGACGAUGUAACACCCACCGCUUCGCCCUAUUCUACCUCUACAGGUUCGGGUUUCGAUGAUCUCCAAGUCAUAGCCGAAUACUACACUGCUGGUGCUAUACCCGAUUCUGAUCUCAUACCCGAAACCACGGAUCUUUUUGGUUCUUCCGCAUCAACGAAAAGCACGACCACAAGCAUCGAAUUUAUCAUGCCAGUCACAAUGACCGCGCCUUCUUCUUGUCCCACUCCAUUUACCGUGACCACCACUGCUGCUGUUACAGUUCCUCCCGAAGUAACUGCGCAGGUAACUCCAACGUCAGUCAAGACAGAUACGAGCAGUGUCACGGGCGACUACUACAUUCACAUGUACGAGACCUGGUAUCUCUCCGCUGGUGCUGCACCAUUUACUUCGACUACCAACUACUACUACGAAUACUACAUCGCCGAAUGUAGCACUCCGCCCAUGAGUUACGCGUAUCCAACUGGCACAACCUCCGGUUCGGACGACAAUGACUCAAGCUCCAGCUCUUGGUACAAUGGUUGCGAUUACUAUUACUGCACGCCAUUUGCAACAUAUGUCAUCGUCGUGGCGAGUGUCAUCCCCGGUCUCUUUCUUCUUGGCUUCAUCGAGUCUUGGUUCUGGUUCCGCCGCCUCAUGAUGGGCAAAAGCGCCAUGCGAUUUGGCACUGUAUGCUGGGUGCUCAUCUCACUCUGGAUCCUUUGCUUUACACGCAUGCAGGAUCGCCGCAGCAGAGAAGACCAGAAGCUAUUGGCUGAGAAGUGGAAAAAUAUGGGUAGUGGAGCAGCGUUCAAAGCAUGGUGGAAGUGGGGAUUCCGUCACAGGUACCCGGAGGAAUUGCUGGGCCAGUACUGCAAAACUACCGUGGGCAUUGUACCUCCAGACCAGCCGCUCCACCCAGCCAUGGCUCAGACACCUGGUGGUUUUCCGCCUGGCGCUCCUGCUGCCCCUGGUCAAGUGUACUACUACGGCCCCCCACCUCCUGGAUGGGUGCAAGCACCAAACGGUGGCUUCAUGCCGCCCCAAGGCUACAUGUACCCACAGACUCAGCAGGGCGGCUCCCAUGGCGAUGCUAUGAAAGACGGUGGCUUAGUCUCUCAUUCGCCUGUCUCGGCAAUCAGUGAACCAACCCAGCCACAACCCAUACACUCCGCUCAGCAAGGCACAAACACGCCCACGCCUCACGGCGCACCACCCAACGUUGGUCCUGUGUCGGCUCCUCCUAGCCCGCCACCCCAAGGCUCUCUGACCACCACUCCGCCUCCUCCCGCUGCAACCCAAGCACCCCAACUACCACCUGUCAACAACGGUCCUCAAAAUAGAGAUUUGUACGGGUAG